UAUGGAGAGAGUCCAUCAAAUUGUAUUCGUUAUUGUUAGAAAAGAAUGUAGACGGAAGAUAUGUAUGAGUUUCGAACCCCAAGUCAACGUGGAAUCGACUUUGAUUAGAUUUCAAGCUGACAGUCAGGAACAAAUCAAGGAUAGGCUUCAAACAUUUAUGAAACCUUAUUUAAAAGAGAACAAAGACAACUUAAAAGAUUGUGGAGAUGACGAAGAGGCAGAUGACGAAUCCGGCUGCAUAGUAAAAGAUAGUUGGUCAGCAAUUGAUUGCCACGAGAAAAAUGAUUAUGGUUUCACAUCUUCUACGCCAUGCGUUGCGCUUACUCUUAAUAGAAUAUACGGUUGGAAACCAGAAGUUUUCGAAAGUGGGAAUACAUCUUCAGACAUCCCGGCAGAAGUACAAGCAAAAUUUGACGGCAACCAUGUUGUUGUCGGAUGUUUUGGAGAAAACCCACUAGAUAAAGAAUUAGUGGGUCAAAUUCAAUAUUCAGUUGUUGGUUUCCACAAGAAAUUUUACCCCUACAAGCAACAACGUGGAUAUUUGUCACCAGUCGUCAUGAUAAAAUUUAAAAAUAUUAGAGAAGGUGUUCUUGUGCAAGUAGAAUGUAAAGCUUAUGCCAAAAAUAUUAAACAUCACCGUAACGAUAGAGCGGGUUCGACGCAUUUCGAGAUUAUCUCAGAUUAA